AUGCUAAUCUCUACUCCUAGUAGAGGAAGCAGUCCAUUAACAACUAUUCCUGUCAGCACCACACGUGUGAUCAGUUCUGGGGGUAGCACUCUUUCAACACCUCCUGUUGACACCAGCACACCUGUGAAAACUUCUAUCCACAUCACUACAUCUACUACAAUUCCUGAAGGUACCAGUAUUCCAACCUCGACUCCUAGUGACAGAAGAACUCAAUUAACAACAAUUCCUGUCAGCACCACACGUGUGACAAGUUCUCAGGGUAACACCCUUUCAACACCUUCUGUUCAAACCAGCACACCUGUAACCACUUCUACCCACGUCAGUUCAUCUCCUACAACUUCUGAAGUCACCACCAUGCCAAACUCAACUCUUAGUGAAGGAAGCACUCCAUUAACAACUAUUCCUGUCAGCACCACAGGUGUGACCAUUUCUCAGGGUAGCAACUUUUCAACACCUUUUGUUGACACCAGCACACCUCUGACUACUUCUAUCCAAGCCAGUUCAUCUCCUACAACUCCUGAAGGUAACAGUAUGCCAAUCUCAACUCCUAGUGAAGGAAGCACUCCACUCACAGCUAUUCCUGUCAGCAACACACCUGUGACCAGUUCUGAGGGCAGCACCAUUUCAACACCUUCUGUUGACACCAGCACACCUGUGACCACUUUUCCCGACGUCAGUUCAUCUCCUACAACUCCUGAAGUCACCACAAUGCCAAUCUCUACUCCUAGUGAAGGAAGCACCCCAAUAACAACUAUUCGUGUCAGCACCACACGUGUGACCAGUUUCGAGGGAAGCACCCUUUCAACUCUUUCUGUUGACACCAGCACACCUGUGACUACUUCUAUCCAAGUCAGUUCAUCUCCUACAACUCCUGAAGGUACCAGUAUGCCAAUCUCGACUCCUAGUGAAGGAAGCACUCCAUUAACAACUAUGCCGGUCAGCACCACAUCG